AUGGCUCGCGCGAAGAAAGCGCCGACCCAAGCCCGCGGAAAGAAACCCCAGGGACCUCAAGAGAUCGAAUCAGAACCUGCACGACAGAUCAAACCAAAGCCAGAACCGCACCCACAACCUGAAGUCCAAUCUGCCAUAUGCACAUUCAUGGACAAGAUACCCGUUGAGAUCCGCCUGAUGAUCUACGUCCACGCAUUUCCCGGGAGCUUCGAAAUCUCUCACUAUCCGGCCCCUGUAUUCCACGGAUCCAGGCUGCAGAUCCCGAAAGACAACGACACCAGAGGAUUUCCGCAGAGCUCCCGUGAACCGCCGAUCCUGCGCGCCUCUCGCGAGAUCCGGAUGGAGGCCAUGAAGGAGUAUGGCACAUUUCUCAAGGGGGAAAUCACUCGCCGCAAAGACGAGUUGGAGAAUCAGAACAAAGAUCUCAUGGUGGAAAGUAGGGGCUACACUAGGACCUAUCGCAUGACGAGAGUGGCUUGUCAGCAUAGGGUGUGGUAUCUUCGACAGGAGCUUCGUCGGAUUGUGCGUCUGGGAUAUGCCACCGCCGGAUGA